AUGCAAACAUCUAUAUAUACAAAUUUAUCUUCAUCCUCACCUUCAAAUAUUUUUCGUACUGAAAUUAAACAAUAUAUCGACGAUGUUAAUCGUGUUCUUGCAUUUGUUCAAGCAUUUAUUUGUAUAGUAGGUGUACUUGGAAAUCUAUUGGCAUUAAUUGUUAUUAAUCGAAAAUCUUUAAAAAAUACAUCAUCAGCAGUAUUUAUAACAUAUAUGGCAAUAUUUGAUAGUGCUGCUCUUCUAUUACAUUUUGCUCAUUUAGCAAGACGACGACGAAUUCUUUUCCUUCACUGUGCAUUAGCAUACAUUACAGAUUUAACAACAUUUUGUGCCAAUUGGGUUCUUGUUAUUAUAACAUUAGAACGUUGUGUUGCUGUUUAUUCACCAUUUCUUGCAAAACGUUUUUGUACUGUACAUUCAGCUCGUUAUUCAAUGUACAUUCUUUUAACAUUUUCAAUAAUAUUUUUUUCCAUAAUAUUUCCAUUUACUUAUCAAAUAACUGGAACACCAAAAAAUGAUAAAUGUUUUUUACGUGACAACGGUGGAUUAAUUAUUCGUAUUUAUCAACCAGUUUUAUUUUAUGCUAUACCAGAUAUAUUACUUCUAUCAAAUUUAUUUACAGUUUAUUCAUUAUGUCGACGACGACAUCGACUUUCAUCAGCAUAUAUAUCUGAUUCAUUAAAAUCUGAAAUACGUAUUAGUGAUGGAAAUUCAAAUCGUAAACAACGACAAUUAACAAUAAUGCUUGUUACAGUUAGUUUAUCAUUUUAUUUAUUUACAACUCCAGCACUCAUUGCUUAUAUAAGUCAACAGAAUCCACCAACUCAUCGUAAUCCACGUCGAAUAAAACUAAACUUUCUUAUGUCACAAAUUUCUGUUGUUUUAUUACAAUUAAAUAAUGCAACAAAUUUUAUAUUUUAUUGUUUUGCUGGACAACGUUUUCGUAGAGCAACAAUGCAAACAUUUAAUGAUUAUUCAGUAUAUGUUAAAAUAUUUUUUCAUCGAUAUAUUUUAUGUAAUAAACAAUAUACUACAAUACCUGUUUAUCAAUAUCAAUUGAAUAGUGUGGUAAAUACAACAUUAACUACUCGUGGACCAAAUUCUCCAUACCAUCAUCGCCAUCAACAAUGUAAAACUUCGACAAUGUAA